AUUUCGUCGCUCGUAAGAGUCGCAAAUGGAGGCGAGGACGACAGGAUGAACCUUCACAACCGGCCCGAAAACAGACAUGUUGGAAAAAGGAAAGAAGAACUUCUUCGUUUCUCGAACCGGCUAACUGCUUGGCAUUUUAGCCACAUUAGCAUUAUACCGCCAACUCCUGCUUCGGAGUGUGUAUGACACAAGAAAAUAUGUAACAGUACAAAUUUAAGAUUAUUAGUGUUAUGCUAAUACAUAAACAGAAACCUUUUUUUCAUAAUUUCUUGUGUCGUAUUCGGCUUUGUAUUUCAUCAUGUUACAUGAGUAUACCUGUCGUAUGAGUGCUCUGUAAAUUUCCUUUUUUUUUUUUUGUACACUGAAGAACCUUCAUGGAGCAGCGUUGAAAGUGCGUAGUGGGCAAAUUAAUGAAUUUUGAAUAAAUAUUAAUUUAAGCAAAAUUUGCCAAAGGCAAGGCUCGGCGGCGAGAGGGGUUGGGCUGACGACACCUGCCGCCUCCUUCGCAUCCACGCACGGUUGAAGGCUCCUCUACCGCACGGCAACGGCGAGACGCUAGCCUCUUACAGGCGGACGUCGGGUAUCCGUUUUCCGGGUGAGAGUUCUUUUGUCCUCUCGGUCUUGGAGAAAUCGUCGGAUGGAUACCGAACCUGGACCGACGUCGUUCCAUACGACGGAAACCCAUCUUCAUCUUCAAAUGAGGGGCUAAACUAAUCAGCAAACAAAUGGUAGCACAACAAACAUCCAGUAGACAGAGUGCGCCAGAGUGAAAUUUCAAUAACAGCAAUCACACACGUACGCACACAUAAGUCAUGGCUGUGGAGAACUCUGUCCUGCCCCCACGUCCCGACUCACUCACUUUGCCUGUGGACUACAAGACGGAAAGCGAGCAGGAGGCAGUCGCCGAGGCCCCGGUGCCACCUGCCGAUGGCUGUGGUGUCUUCAACGUGUCAGAAGAGCUGGGCCAUGUCAUCACUGCCGAUUCCGCAAAGGUGAAACGUUCGUUUCAGUCCAAGAUGGCCGAAAGGGAGGCAACAGCCAAUCAGACCAGGAAGAAAACCCAGGGGCCAGAGAAAGAGAGAGGACGAUUUGGAUGGGCUCGCGCACGUCGCAAGAGACAGCGCUACGUGGAGAAGAAUGGACGCUGCAAUGUGCAGCACGGAAACAUGCGGGAGACAUAUCGCUACCUAACCGACAUUUUCACCACACUAGUGGACCUCAACUGGCGCUGUUCGCUCUUUGUCUUUGUCAUGGCCUACGCUGUCACGUGGCUCUUCUUCGGCGCCAUCUGGUACCUCAUUGCCUACUGCAGGGGCGAUCUGGACCACCUAGAGGAUGAAACGUGGACACCAUGCGUCAACAAUGUCAAUGGCUUUAUCUCAGCCUUCCUGUUCUCCAUCGAGACAGAGACCACCAUUGGCUACGGGCACCGCGUCAUUACUGACCAGUGUCCCGUAGGCACCAUGCUGCUGCUGCUGCAGGCCAUCCUGGGCUCAAUGGUCAAUGCCUUCAUGGUGGGCUGCAUGUUCGUGAAAAUCUCGCAGCCAAACAAGCGGGCCGAGACGCUGGUGUUUUCCAAGCAUGCUGUCAUUUCACUGCGGGACGACAAGCUAUGCCUGAUGUUCCGGGUAGGCGACUUGCGCAGCUCUCACAUCGUGGGCGCCAACAUGCGAGCCAAGCUCAUCAAGUCCAAGCAGACACAGGAGGGGGAGUUCAUCCCUCUGGACCAGACGGACAUCAGCGUGGGCUUUGAGACGGGCGACGAUCGCCUUUUCCUGGUAUCCCCUCUGGUGAUCUCGCACGAGAUCGACGCCCGCUCGCCCUUCUGGGAUAUGUCGCAGGCCCAGCUGGAGAAAGAAGACUUUGAGAUUGUCGUCAUCCUAGAAGGAAUGGUGGAGGCCACAGGCAUGACCUGCCAGGCACGGAGCUCCUACCUUGCAGAAGAAGUGCAAUGGGGGCACCGCUUUAGCCCCAUGAUGUCGCUGGCAGAGGGAUUCUUCGACGUCGACUACGGCGCUUUCCAUCACACUUUUGAGGUGGACACACCCUCCUGUUCGGCACGAGAGCUCUCAUUGACUGCUGCCAGGCUGGACGCUCACCUCUACUGGUCCAUCUCCAGCCGCCUGGACGAGGAGCCUACGCUGGUCCAGCAGGCGAACAAAGAGUCGCAGGCACCACCGUCUGAGAGCGCUCCCACCAAUGGCAAAGGGGAGACGCCCACCUUCAUCGUCGGUGAGAUGACAGAUGUCAGCGCUCCGCUGCCAUCGCUGAGCGAGCCAAAUGGCAGCAUCCAGUCAGCGUGCGAGGCCUAGAUACCUGAAUGUUUACAAAGACCUUCCGUCGUUUCUUUAUAUCUCUGGAAAAAAAACAAACAAAAAAAAAUUUUCUUUCACUCUUUCUAGUGGCUGUGGACUUUUCGCAUUUAAACCAGCCUGGCCUAUAUCAAAGAUUGAAUGAGGUGGGAAACUGUACUUUAGCCUCGUUUGUUCACAUUUAAAUAACCUAUAAAUAGUAAAUGAUGUGUUUGAACAUCUUAAGAGGACUGAUGUACUGCAAACAACCCUGAACAUUGACGUGAGUGCCUAUGCCAGUGCUAACACAUCACGAAAAGUGUGCUGGCUGGUCUACUAAUAUUAAAGACAUGACAACAAUCAACCGACAAACAUCUACGGAAAGCGGGAAACUAAAUAAGAAACAAAUUGUCGAGAUUACAAGGAACACCAAGGUGCCCACAAGGGAUAGGCUGACAAUCACACAAUACAGGUAGUAAAACCACUGGAAACAAGACACGGCAGGGAGUAAACUCAGUAAAAUCUAAUCCGAACCCAUGUCAGACCUCUAUAUUAGUGGACCACCCAAGACUAGUUUUAGCACUUGCAUGGUUGCUAACUGUUCUGUGUGUGAUGUUACAGUUAGUUGUAUUUGUAUUGCAUUAAUCAAGGGAAAAACUAAUAUGUAAUGAAGAGAAUCUACUUUGCUUGAAGAUCGUGCCCCAACUUUCUUUUCCUGUUUACUGAGGGCACAGUUUGUUUGACAUUCUGAGUGGGACGCAUGUUUAAGACAUUCCGAGUGGGACGCAGAGGUGAACACACAAGAGACUCAGUGGUGUCAUAUUUUGCGCAGGGAUCAUAUUUUUCUUCUGUAUUGGCCAUGGCCGUAUUCACUCUACAGGUGCUCUGAGGGGUCUUUUUAGUGCGAUUUGGUGGAGCCAAAUUUGUUAUAAGACUCGUGGUAAUGGAAUCUUUAAAUGUUCUUUCUGAAUUUGAUACUAUUGUAAGCGGUCUGACACUACAGUAGAACGCCUGAUACAACAGUACCAUUGGACACUACCAAGCCAUUAGACACCACGGUAAACCAUCUGACCAUGGGACACUGCACUAAGCCAUUGGACUACAGUUGGCCUACUCAUAAGUGCAGUUGACAAUACCGGGGACCACCUGAAUAAGCAAGCUUAUGGCACAUUCAAAGUCAAAAAAUCUGUAACUACAGUAAACAACUGCAUGAGGAUAUCUGAAAAGACCGUAUUGUCAUCAUACACACAGUAAAAUGGCUAACACUACAUGGCAUUGUCUGAUUAGGCCACCUGAUGACCACAACGUGCGAUCUGGACAGACCAUGUAAUGCUAAAUUGGACAAUUAUACACAACAGUUUUUCCACGUGAAUUGUGUUUAACACUGGGUUUGAGUGUGGCACCCCUAAAAGUUCAUAUCUUCCAUCUGCCCAUGGCCUUAGAUGGCCUACUGCUAAGAAAUCAAAGUUCAAUUCACAUUCUUGCUUCCUGCUGCUAUGUAUAAAUGUGGCUCUUUUUAAUGUUUUUAACAACAAUUAUAGUCUAUAUCAGAUACUAAUAUGUCACUUAGAAUAAAGUAUAUUCCAGAAUAACUGCCUUCCUCGGUAUAUCUGUUAAAAUGGAUGCUGGUGCCAGACAGGAGAAGUCAGCAGAUUGGGUUACUAGGCAGAAUCACAGCUGGGUUACUUCUUCAAAUCAGCCACUAGAGGAAGACAAAAAUCCCCAACGCUGUAAACUGAUCCUGACUGUCACGCAGCCUUAUUGGUGCUGUUUUAUGAGACGGGGACCCCAUCAGCUGUCUCCUAGGCAACCGGGGCUGGGGACAAGAGAUUGUGUAGUAGUGUGUGUAUGUGGACACAGUGGAUACAUUCAUGCGUGCGUGCUUUGAAGGGGACGUCCAAAGGGGCUUGUGGACUAAGGGGAGGUCAUUAAGAAGUGACAUUUGCAGAGAAGUGCUGCUGUUCAAUCGUUACGGUGACCUUGACAUGCAAAGUGACCUUGGCAUCGAU